CCUCCUACCCUCUCUCUCUUUCGCAAAAUGGCGGCUCCGGCUCCCCCUGUGGCUGCGGCGCCUUCCGCCGCACCCCCGGCUCCCAGCCCGCCGGCGGCACCCCCUACAGCGGCAGCGGCCGCGCCCCCUCCGCCCCCCGCCGCCGCCACCGCCCCGCCUGCACCGGCACCGCAGCCCGCCCCGCCGCUCUCCGCGGCGCUCUCGGGCCCCUUCCCCGGCGGCCGCGUGGUGCGGCUGCACCCGGUGGUGCUCGCCUCCAUCGUGGACAGCUUUGAGCGGCGCAACGAGGGCGCGGCGCGGGUCAUUGGCACGCUGCUGGGGACCGUGGACAAGCACUCGGUGGAGGUCACUAACUGCUUCUCCGUGCCGCACAACGAGUCCGAGGAUGAGGUGGCGGUUGAUAUGGAGUUCGCCAAAAACAUGUACGAGCUGCACAAGAAGGUCUCGCCCAGCGAGAUCAUCCUGGGCUGGUAUGCAACAGGUCACGACAUCACAGAACAUUCUGUCCUGAUCCACGAGUAUUACAGCCGGGAAGCGCACAAUCCAAUCCACCUGACUGUGGACACAAGUCUUCAGAAUUCACGCAUGAGCAUUAAAGCCUAUGUCAGUGCCCCGAUGGGAGUCCCUGGUAAAACUAUGGGCGUGAUGUUCACACCUCUAACAGUGAAGUAUGUUUAUUAUGAUACAGAGCGGAUAGGAGUGGAUCUUAUCAUGAAGACUUGUUUUAGCCCUAAUCGAGUGAUUGGCUUGUCCAGUGACUUACAACAGGUGGGGUCAGCCUCAGCCAGGAUUCAGGAUACCCUGACUAUGGUGCUGCAGUAUGCAGAGGAUGUAUUGUCCGGCAAAGUGGCUGCUGACAACACCGUUGGGCGUUUCCUGAUGGAUCUUAUUAACCAGGUGCCAAAGAUUUCACCAGAAGACUUUGAGACAAUGUUGAACAGCAACAUUAAUGACCUGCUGAUGGUAACCUACUUGGCAAACCUCACACAGUCACAGAUUGCUCUUAAUGAAAAACUUCUGAGUUUAUAAAGAAACUUCUGCCACUCGACCCUUCUUCAAAAAGCAUCAAGAAUGAGCAGAUUACCACUUCUGUGGUGAUACAAAUUGCUUUGGACCAUAACUUACCUAGAUGACUUGGUUUACAUCUUAAUUUCUACUUCCCUGAAAAAUCCCUAACACAGUGCAGGUAAUGAAUGGGAACUCAUGCAGAUUGGAUGAACCCACUAUCUUAAAAUGGAGUAAGUGAAUCUCUUGUCUUCUGGGUUUAUUUACUUGUAUUACAAAAUACAGCUUUAUUGUAAGAAUUUGAAAUAAAAGUUCAAUUUUUUUGGCAAGAA